GUGUGCGUGGGUGGGUGUGUGUGUGUGUGUGUGUGUGUGUGUAGGUAAAUGGAGGGAAGAGGUUGUUAUACAGUGUGUGUCUUUUUCUUACUGCCGGAGGCAUGUCUGCAAACUGUAGAAGGGUGGCACACUAAGAUUGCAAUUUCAUCUAAAAGCCCUGCAGUCUUAGAUUACAAUGAACAGUGGGCUGAAACUUGAAUGACAAAAAUGUUUAUCAACCCAAACAAAACACGUGGACAUGUUUAGCAUGCAAAAACUAUGCAGUAGAUUUGUCUGUUACAGUGGCAGGGCACAGACUCAUUUUUCUAGUUACGUGAUUAGCCUGUUUAGCUUAGCAUAGCCUAACUACAACUCUAUUUUUAGCACCGUUAUGCUAACUCUAUUCAAUUUAUCAACUUUAUGGGUAAAAUUUGUAGUAAAGGCUCAAUUAAAUAUAAAAAUAAAUUAUUAUAAAGCCUUGCAGGUACAUUUAAAGACAAGGUGCACAGCAGCUGUUCUGACUGAUGAAAAUGUUUUGCUCUAAAGCAUUUUAUUUUAAGUGCAACACGCAUUUAACAUUUUUAUUGGUAAAAAAAAAAAAUGAAACAGAGCUCAAAUAAAAGUAAAGUCAAACGGCAACUUCAUCUUUUCUUUCUAUAGAGAGGAGGACAUAUUUGUCACCAUGCAUUUAACAGUCCUCACCGAGGAAAAUAUAUUUUUCUGGUUUCUGAGAGUUAUUGGCUCAGACCAAAACUCAGAAGUUUUUUUUUACAAGUGUUUUUCUAUGUCAUGAUGUCCGCACAUAAAGAGACAUGGUUAACACGUCAACAGACGUAGGUGUUAACCUUCAGAGCCAUGGAAAAGCAGACCAUUGUCUUCUGUGCCUUUAUGAUAUACACAUUUGUUUACGCACUGAGCCACGCCUGGGGCAUUCAAAGGUUCAAAAGGCCUUCACCUUUUCACGCCCCCAUCAACAUAUUAUUCCUCCUACGUUCUGAGGAUUUAUGUGGUGGAAUGAAUAUGCACUAAAUGAAAGACCUUAUGUCGCACAUGUUUUUCUGCUGCUUUCAUCUGUUAUGUACGUGUACAAAUGUAUCAUUUUCAUGUCGUUACAUUUAUCUGAACUCUUUUCUUAACUUUUUCUUAGCUGGCGUUUAACCACAAAACCAAAGAAGGUUUUGCUCUUCACACUUUGUGAGUGAAGAAGAAUCUUGAGUUUAACUUGGUAGUAAGGAAAGCUGUAAAUAAGUCUGCUUAUCCGCCUGUGGAUGAAAACCACACCUCUCAGUCUGGCCUUUGUCAAAUCAAACCAAGUCAAAUGAAUGUUUUGACCUUCUCAGCUCCCGUCACUGUAGGGUUCUGUUGUUUGUCUUACUGCAAUGUGGAGAGUCUCUGCUGGUCCCACUUCAUAAUCUUAUCGAUGGUCUUUGGACAAUCGAGGUCAUCAGGGAUCAGAAUGCAACAGGAUUUGACACAAGAACCACAACAAGUCCUCAGCAACAUCUAAUACUUAACAGAGAGAAGACAACAUAAAGAUAAAGACAUGGAACAUGGUGAUGUGUGUGACUGGCUAUUUCUGCUGCCUAAAUUUAGUGUCAAUAUGAGCCAUGACAGUGUGAUGCCGACUGGGUCGCUCUUUCUAAGUACCUACCUGUGCUAAUCCACUUAAGCUCGUGAUGCUUCUCUAAAUCCAUCCAAUCUGUUGAGUCCCUCAUUUAACAACCUCACUCAAUGAAUCUGGGUCAAUAGAUGUGACUGCUGCUGUGUGUGAUGAACAAAACCAGCAGAAUUUUCCAUCUUUAAAGAGCUGUUUUAACGAGAGCAAUUGAAGAUUUUAUCAACGUUCCCAGAUGGCAGCUUGGAGCCACAAGGAGGUUUGAGGAUUUUGCAGGGAAAAUGGAGCAUCAAGACCACACGAAAAGCAGCUGGAGAGAAUAUUCGUGCAGUCAAACCCAGGCAGAGUUUGGUGCGACAGCGAACUGGCCUGCGAUCAGUGGCGAGGUAAAAAGCAGCAAUGCACAGCUGGACGAACAGGCGCAUCUAUACUGCAACUUCUGGACUGAUUCUGAACCAGCAAGAGUCAAGAACUGGACCAGCAGAUCAUUUGCCAUGGAUGCUAGAUUAAGACUUGAUAGUCUGAAGUCUGGGUGUAAUUCACCGCAACCCUGGGGUAACUCGGACAACUCUUUAUACUACUAUGACAGUGAAAAAGACCUCUGGAAUGGUGGAGACGUAGAGGAAGAGCAGUCUGCUUUGGACGUGGUGGAGAUCCUUGAUAUAGAGGAAAGCAUAGGAGAUGAAGAGAGCUGGUUAUAUGAGCCUCCGAAUAGGCCGUCGUUCGAAGAGAGGGAGUCUGCUCUCAGGUGGUGUCGACACGUUCUGGAUAACCCCAGCCCCGAGAUGGAGGCUGCCCGUCGUGGGCUGAUGAACAAGCUGGAUCCAAGAUCAAGAUAUUACUUCUGCAGACAUGCAGCAGUUUCCACUCAUUCCCAGAGUGUCUCCUUGGGUUUCGCUCAGGACAAAACAUCAGUCAACACAUCACUCAAUGACCCUGACAGCUUAGAUCAUGCUAAGGUGACCCACCCUGAUGACUUCAUAACCACAGGCUACAGACUACAGGAUAUAACAGAUGUCCACAUAAUGGCCAGAAUACAGGAAGACAGUUUAAGACAGGACUAUAUUUCCAUGCCUGCUGCAGCUGCCUUGAGGAGAAACUCAGACCUGUUUUCCUCAUUUUUAAAUACCGAGGCUGACCAUGCUGGUGACUCCAGUUCCAGAAAUAAAAACACUGCUCCAGACUCUGCCUGCAGGCCCGGUCUGACAGCUGCAGGCUCUUCCAGCUGCAAGUUACCAACGCCAACGGCUAAGCAGGGCGGCCAAAGCCCAAAACUGACCAAACUUCACCAGCAAGUAACCCAGUUCAAGCUGCUGAGGCUUGCCCAGAAUAAAGCAUCGCCAGGCAGGAUGAGGUCACCUCUGCAGACAAGCCUGCGCUCUCUCCAGGCUGUCAGGAACAGCAGAAGCUUAGAGGUUGAUGUCAGCCAACCUGCUGGCCACAGCAACCACCAUCCCCCAGUUGUUCCAUCUUCCACAACAGCGUCAAGCCGUGCCGCGUAUCUGAACUCCAGCGACGUCUCCAGCUUGAUGAGAGAAUCCCCAGACAGAAUAACGGCGGUGAAAAGACCGCAGAGGUCCCAGUCCCUCAGUCCCAGCAGGAUUGCUCACCCUUCCAAGGGAUACCUGUCUGUUCGUGGGCGAGUUUUUGCCUCGCCAGACAGGGUGUCCACUGCGGCCUGGGGCAGGCAUGCCUCAUCCAUUCAAAGGUGAAAAAUUUCACUGGGAAAUCCCCAUUAGACAAACUAAUGAGGAAGAACACUAAAAGUGGCUUAAAAAUUUAUUUGUACUGUUUAAAACUUUAUCACAUUUGUCACACCGCAACUUCAAACCUCAAUGUGUUUUAUGUGACUAACACAAGGUAGUGCAUAGCUGGGAAGUAGAAAGCAAGUGAUGGUUUUUAAAAAUAAAAAUCUGUAAAGUGUG